AAUGAUGUAUUACCUUUUAGUGCGGGCCCUCGUGCCCAUCCAGCCUUUCCCCUUAAACCCCCGUAAGAUCGCGCCCGGCCACACUCAAACCUGCCCACUUACUACACACUUUCAUAGCUUUGAAGCCCUAGCAUUGGGCUCUUUAGGCUUCCCUCAAACCCGCAAAUCCCUCACUAAUCCCCUGGCAUAGACGCGCAGACUAACACGGUACGAAGACCGACAGGAGGAAAAAUCAAAGAUCCAAUCAGCAUAUAAAUAAGAGCUUCGCUCGCUCUUAGUCAAAGCCUUUGAAGAUGGCUUACCUAAAAGUAGUGUGUUUGGUGCUCUUGGUAGCCUGUGCGGCGCACGCCGCCCCCAACUUACCGCAGGAGGAAGAACCCGUCGGUGAAGUGCAGGUUCUGAUCAUUGAGCCAGUCGAAUCGGUCGAUGCAGCGCGAAGCAAAAGAUCCCCUGGAGGCUAUGGAAGCCAAGGGGGCGGCGGUCUAGGAGGCGGCGGAGGCGGCGGAUUUGGAGGUGGAUUUGGAGGAGGCGGCGGCGGCGGCGGCGGAUUAGGAGGUGGACUUGGAGGUGGUAAAGGAGGCGGAUUAGGAGGAGGUGGCGGCCAGGGCGGCUUUGGAGGACAACAAGGUGGCGGCUAUGGAGGACAACAGGGUGGUGGUUUUGGGGGCGGCGGACAUCAAGGAGGCGGCGGCUUCCAAGGGGGCGGCGGCCAGCAAGGCGGUGGCGGCUAUGGAGGUGGCAACCAAGGCGGUUAUGGGGGCGGACAAGCAUCGGCUUCGGCGACAGCUUCCGCUUCAGCCAAAGCGGGCUCUGGAGGAUACGGACGCAAGUAGAAGCUAAUCAAUCAUAUCAACCGAGCGUCACACAACUUAAUUAAACAACCUCAUCUGUAAGUACCGCGUCAGUGUUAAAGUGGAUUCAAUAAAAACUUUGCAAAA